ACAAAUAAAUACGGAUAAACACCUAAAACCCUCUUCAAAUUCAAAACCCUCGAAACAUAUAUUGAAGAUUUGGCAAUGGAGAUCGAAAGCAGCAGUCAGCAAUCUCACCAUCUUCCCGAAGCAAUCAUUGCACAAAUACUGUCAAGAUCGCCGGUGAAAUCACUCUUGAGAUUCAGGUGCGUUUCGAAAUCAUGGGGCUCUUUAAUUGGCUGCCAACACUUCAUCAAAAUGCACCUUCAAAAUUCAAUAGAAACCCCAUCUUUCCCCCAAAAAAGGGUCUUAAUAAGGAAGUAUGAGGAUGGUAUGUUUGAUAUAAGUGAAAUGUUCAAUUGGCCUAGUCCUGAGCAAUGCUUUAUGUGUGAAAUUGAUACGUUACAUUGGCCUCGGCAGUGUUCGCUGCUGUCGGUUUUGAGUGAACCAACGAAUACUAUCCCUUUAUCUCCUUUUGUUGAUCCAAAGAAUACUACAUUCUGCAAGGGAUAUCAAAUUUUGGGGUGCUCUAAUGGGCUGCUAUGUGUUCUAGAUACAAGUAACAGAAUUCACUUGUGGAACCCAUCCACUCGGAUCUCCAAGAAACUGCCAGAAAUCUCUAUAAUGGGCUCCCGUGUUAGGAAAUUGGGGUUUGGUUGGGUUGAAUCGAGUGGUGAGUAUAAGGUGUUUGUUGUUGUGGAAAUCAAUAGGAAACUGGUUGGUAAAGUUUAUAGUUCAAAGACAAAAUCAUGGAAAACAAUUGAGAUCUGCGAUUAUUCAUAUGCAUGUCGGCCAAGGGGGUUGUUUGCAGGUGGGAAGCUUUACUGGUAUUUCGGAUGUAUUAUUAUUUUCUUGGACUUGAAGAGUGAGGUGUUUGGAAGGAUUGAGAUUCCCUACAAAGAUAUUGGCUUUAAAAUGGACUAUUUCGUGGGUGUGCUUGGUGGUUGCCUUUGCGUGCUAUAUUAUAAUCCUUCAUUUCCUGAUCGAAGAGGCCUUCGAGUUUCGAGAGUUUGUGUUAUGAAGGAAGCUUGGGAGGAAGUGGUGACUCUUUCUCAUCUUAAUGAGCUGCUUCAACCACCAUUGGUAAGUCUAAAUGGAGAGAUUUUGGUAGAUUGUGGAUCCACUUUGUUGGUUUACAGUGCCCGCGAUAAUGUCUUUCGAUUUACCAAGGUUUCUUCGGGUUUACGUUCAUAUGUCUAUGUUGAAAGUUUAGUCUCGCCAGAAGAUGUAUGAAAGAUGGAAGUAUAAUUAAUCUUAGAAGAUGAUAUUUCUUGGCAUUAAUGUAUACAUAGUUUGAUUUGAUUACAAAUGGUUGUGUUUUGUUUCUUAAGAAUUGAAGCUUUUAUUCAUACCCAUCAUGGAGUGAAUAAUUCC